AUGCGAUUCUCUCGAGGCUGCCAAGCAGCCCUUCUGGCUGCUGCUGGAACCCUGAGCUCAGCGACCACCUUCAAGAAUGGCUCUUAUGACUACAUCGUUGUCGGUGGUGGUCCCGCUGGUAUCAUUACUGCCGAGCGCUUUGUCGAGGCUGGCAAGAGUGUGCUCCUCCUUGAACAAGGUACCGGCCCAACAGUCGCAACCGGCGCGAACGAAACCCUCCCGUGGAACGAGAACCUGACCUCAAUCGACUUGCCUGGACUAUCUGCCGACGUUGGUUCGCUUGAUGCGUGGGAUGAAUACCUAUGCUCUGAUACUGUAGGAUAUGCUGCCUGUGUGCUUGGUGGUGGAGUGACUAUCAACUACAUGGUUUUCGUUCACCCGCCAGAGCACGACUUUGAUGACAACAACAAUUGGCCCGAAGGCUGGAAGUGGAAAGAUCUCAAGCAUGCUGCGGCCAGGCUGUACAAGCGCAAUCCCGGUACCAUCUUGCCCUCGGCGGAUGACAAGUACUAUGACCAGGGUCUUUACAAUGUCCUCUCGAAGUUCUUGAGCAACCUUGGCUGGAAGUCGGUCAAUAUGAUCACCCAGCCCAAUGAGAAGUACCAGGUCUACAGUCACCCGGCAUGGAACAUCAAGGACCAGAUGCGCGCUGGUCCCGUCCGCACCUAUCUUCCCCUAGCCCAGAAGAGCCACAAGUUCACCCUGGGCCUGAACACCAAGGUCCUCCGUGUUGUGCGCUCUGGAAGCCAGGUCACUGGCAUUGAGCUGCAGACUGCUUCUGGCAAGACUGAGAUUGUAAACAUUGCCCCCAACGGCCGUGUCGUUCUUGCUGGUGGUGCACUUGGUACUCCCCGUCUGCUCUUCAACUCCGGCAUUGGUCCCAAGAAGCAGAUCGAGACGGCGAAGAAGGCCGGUAUCACCGUGCCUCCACAGGAAGAAUGGAUCAAUCUGCCCGUGGGAGUUGGUCUCAAGGACCACCCCAUCUUCACCAUCCUGGCCAAGACUGAUGGCGAUUUCGGCGUUCCCGAUUAUGAAAGUAUCCUGAACGGUAGCGACACCAAGGAUAUCAGCCUCUACGACAAGGGAGAUGGUAUCCUUACCCAGGGCAAGCACCGUCUGACUUGGUUCUCUUCCAACGAGCUCAACGGCACUACUCGCUACUACCAGGGAUCCUGUGCUCCCAACGCUGACUCUGUUCUCGAUGUCACCACUUACAUGACUCACGGUCUCACCUCAUCGGGUGUGCUGGGUAUUGACGAGAACCAGAAGACUGUUUUUGAGCAGUCUCCUUACCUGCAGACUGCUGGUGACCGCCAAGCUGCUCGUUCCUUCAUUCAGUCGCUCGUCGAUGAUUUCAAUGAGCCUAACUCUGGAUUUGAGUUGGAGACCUACACCAAUGUGUCUUCUAUCAUCGCCACUCUGUCCCCCGGUAUGCACUACACCACUACUGCUAAGCUUGGUACCGAUGAUGGCCGUGAGAACGGUACCUCCGUUGUGGAUAUCAACACCAAGGUGUACGGAACUGACAACCUGUUCAUUGUCGAUGGUAGCAUCCACCCCGACCUUCCCACUGGUAACAUCCAGGCCACCAUCAUGGUUAUCGCGGAGGCUGCUGCCGCUCGCAUUCUUGCUCAACACUAG